AUGGCUCGUAUCCGUGUUCCUGAAUCAGGAUCGAGAAAUUGCAACGAUGGACAAAAGCUGUUGCUCAUUAGGGCGCAGAAAGCCAGGUGGCCCCGGCCCCUCCUUCCCACCUCAGAACCCUUCAGUGUCAAGGGGUUUAAACGACAGUUGAAGCCACACCAAGUAUACGGGGCCUAUCAGCUACUUAAAUGGGAGCCAACGACCGAGAUAGGUGGGUUUCUGGUCGAUGGGAUAUGUUUGGGCAAAACAACCCCUCCAUUGGCUGUCAUGGUAUUGUUGAGAUUGAUCGGUGUCGCCUGCCUGGGAGAAGGGUUCAGUGGUCGCGUUGGCAUGGGACAAAAAAGCAUCACCAUAACUCCUAUAAAGGGGAAGAGCGUUGCCUCUCCUAUGGAAAGCUUCCCUUUUCAUUCCGCUGCUCCUGUGAGCCGUUAA